CAAAACAGUUUCGUUUCGACACUUUCUCGUCAUCGCAGUGCAGAGUGUUGUGCUUUUGUUGUUAAAAAGUAGAAAAAGAAUUUCACCUGCGUGCAGCCCGGAAAAUCCCACAAUUUUCACCUCCUGCUCUGGGAAAUAGCAUGUAGCAAACGCUUGCCAGUGGAAGACAAUCAGCAUGGCCCACCGUUCGCGAGAGGAUAGUUUUUCUACGCCCGGUCAGCAGAGGAAACUUCGCUUCCGUGGCGAUCUGGCAUUGCAGUACGGCUUCGCUGGAAUGGAAGGAACCGCUCCGGCUAGUUCUGGCGGUGGCUUCAAUCGCGUCGAGGACAUCAUCUUCCAGGAUGAAGUGGAUUCCCGUAGGAGUGCUUCCCGGAAUGGAGAAAUCGGUGGCUCAACAGCUGGCGACGGCAAAGAGAGCUCGAGCCACAAUAGUUUGUACGAUUUCAUCCGAAUCGAGCUGACCCGCGGGUACGUUCUGGAGCACGAUGAGGAACGCUAUUCGGCCCGACGCGAAAAGAUCUACUCUUUCAUGAAGAUUCCUCGGGAACUGGAAAGUUUCAUGGCGUAUGGAGUGCUUCAAUGUGCCGAUUCGUUCCUGUAUAUGUACACCUUUCUCCCGUUGCGAUUCAUAUUGGCUCUGUGGGCUCUGGUGACAAGGCCGGUGGCCAAAUGUUUGGGUUUCAGGCGACGAAGCCAACGAUUGCUGGCCCCCGCGGAGAUAUGCGACUUGCUGAAAGGUUUGAUCUGGGUCAUCUGCAGUUGGGCUAUGUUCUACGUUGACACGAAUAUGUUAUACCAUCUGAUAAAAAGUCAGUCAAUCAUUAAGUUGUAUAUAUUCUAUAACAUGCUAGAGGUCGGUGAUAGGCUUUUGUCGGCAUUUGGGCAGGAUACUAUCGAUGCUCUCUUUUGGACUGCCACAGAACCAAAAGAUAGUAAGAAGCAACACCUUGGGACGAUCCCACAUUUUUUGUUUGCCCUCAUCUAUGUAACGAUCCACAGUGCCUUGGUGAUGUUCCAGGCCACGUCGCUGAAUGUGGCCAUCAAUUCAAACAACAAGGGACUGCUAACGAUCAUGAUGUCCAACAAUUUUGUUGAGUUGAAAGGAAGCGUGUUCAAGAAGUUUGACAAGAACAACCUUUUCCAGCUUAGCUGCAGUGACGUACGAGAGCGAUUCCAUCUUACGAUCCUGAUGCUGAUUGUAUUGAUUCAAACCAUGAAGGAGUUCAGUUGGAAAUCGGAACAAUUCUUUGUAAUGAUUCCGGACUGUAUGUACGUUAUGUUGACGGAGCUUUUUGUCGAUUGGAUAAAACAUGCUUUCAUCACACGUUUCAACGAAAUCCCGGUGGACGUUUAUCGGGAGUACACAACGAGUUUAGCUUACGACAUGACCCAAACGCGUCAAAAGCAUGCCUUUUCGGACCACUCGGAUCUGGUUGCGAGAAGAAUGGGUUUCAUCCCUUUCCCACUUGGAGUGAUCCUUGUGAAAGCCCUCUACCAUGCUCUCUCUUUCGAUAAUGCAGCUUCCAUUGCCCUGUUCAUCAUAGCCUAUAUGGUUCUCCUAUCGUGUCGAGUAUUGAACACAGUUUGUACAUUAGGCAAAGCAUGUGACCUAAUGCAAAAGCACCAGGAUGAAAAGAAUCAAAGUGCCCAGCAGAGUAACGGGCCCGCCACCUCAACCCCGGUUCAGCAAACUCGAAGUGCCAGUAAACUCACAACGGACAUUGCUACCUCUCCAAUCCACCAUCCCAAUAAUCUGCUGCAGCGAUCUCAAACGAUGGAGUCCGUUCCACACACGAUGCAACAAAUCAAUAUCACCGAGCAGCAAUCGGACAGCGUGAUUCGUGAAACUUCCUCUCUCGGGGCAACGGCCCUGUUCUCCAACAGUGACGUCGAUCUAGAUGACGUCAAACUGAACGACAAAGUUCUCAAUCAGUGUUCGGAUGCGGAGGAUCCAUCCCGCAAAGAGGAGGAAAAUCUUGCCCGGAGCGUUCCCGAUUUACAACAGGAGUCGGCUGCGGCCGGUUGUAGUCCUUCGGGUGACGGUUCCUCGGGCGAAGGAGACAGUUUCUCGUCAUACCAAGGAUUGCACCACCGCACGCACAAACGAUCAGAAUCGGAACCAUCGAUCCAGCUGGAUCCGGAUCUUAGAACGGGCACUUGAAAACUCCUGGUUCCCUUGUGAGCAAUUUUUAUGUGUUACAUUACUAAUAGUCACUAUCGUCUGAUGGCACCAAAGGCUGGCUUAUAUAAGAGCUUUACAUUAUUCUGCUGGAACUUAAAAUAGGACUUAUUGAAAUUUAAUCUAUUGUGCUGUUGUGGAUUCUGCCCUGACCAGUGAAAAUUAAAUUCGUUAGAAUCAACUAAGUGUAAGGAGUGGAUUUUAUUUUGUUUUUGCUAGUUAUUUUUGUAAAUAAUAAAAUCUUGUUCCCGCCGUGGAAUGUCAUUAAGGAAUGCA